AGUAGUGGACGGGACGAGCCACCUUAUCUUCGGAAUAACACAUGCCCUCCCCCUCUUCCCCUUCCCCUUCCCCUUCCCCCCGCAUUAACUUUAUUCCCACCCACCCACCCUUAUUCCUCUCCCUUCCCUUAUUCCUCUUCCUCUCUUUCUCUCUCUCUCGGAUUCGUGGGGAAUUUUUGUAGGAAGAUGGUGGUAAUGGAGCAUUAGAAUGGUAUCUACGAUGAUAGUGGCGGCGCCGGCGCAAAACAACUCGGUGAGAACGCGAAGAGAAGAGGCGAAGCUGAGGAGGACGAUUAGAGAUAUUGUUUGGGAGAGGAGAGGUCCUUAUGUUCAUCUAUUAGACAUGCCGAUAAAGAAAGUCAUUGGAAAAUCUGUUAGGAGGGUGCGAACCGCGAAUUGGACGCGUUCUCUUGAUGCAUCAUUACUGCGACUCUUUAAACAAGAAUACAUUGAGGGGAAUUUUAUUAAUGGGCAAUUUACAAAGAGUGCGUGGGCCCGGAUAGUUACCGCCUUCAAUAUGAAAACAAGGUUGAGUCUCAACAAAGGUCAUCUUCAGAAUCGCCUAAAGGUUUUAAAGAACACUUUCAGGUUGUACAACGAUGUUGCCACACUGAAUGGCUGGGAAUGGGACUCGGAAAGAAAUGUACCGAAACCUCAAGACCCUUCCAGUUGGGACCGGAUGAUAGUGGUAAAUCCGCAUUAUGCUAAGUGUAGGGACAAGCCUUUCCCUGCUUACCCUAUCCUUAAGCUAUUUUUUGUGAAGAGCAGCGUGUCAAGGCAGAGCCAAAUGAAUGCAAUGGCUGGAGAUUUUAGUGAUAAAGGUGAAGGUUGCUCCUCUUCUUCUUUUAGAUCGUCCGAGAAGAACACAUCUAGUCAGAAGCCAAAGGAUAUACCACUUCCCUAUGCAAGCAAUAAAGAGGAUGCCGAUGAUGAUGACAAUGCUUCUGCUUCAGAUGACAGUUCAAGCUCAAGCCAAAGCGGGCGAACUUCUGCUGUAUCGAAAGCUUUGGAAGAGCUGGUAGAGAUUGGGCGGCGGCAACAAGAGAUUGCGAAGGAGCUUCUCAACCGACAACUUGCCGGCAUGCCGAAGGUCUAUUCAAUCGAGCAGUGCAUGUUGAAGCUGAAGACUCUGCGUAACAUGUCAUCAGAAGCUUUUCUCUCAGUUUGUGACGCUUUUCGUGAUGAGCAUGACAGAUGCAUCUUUAUGAACCUGAAGGGGCCGAUUCUGCAUGCGUGGAUUGAUCGGAAGGUCGCGAUGCAUUCCGUUUAUCAGCAGCCUAUACAGCCCAUACAGCAGUGCCGUAUGUCUGCUCCUCCGAAUCAGGAUGUAGAUUUUUCAAGAAUUUAAUACUUUUCGCGCAAGUGUAGCCUUCAGUACUUAAUCCUCAUGCUACAAACAGUUUGCGAUGUAGCUGAUUUUGGUGUGUAAUAUAUAUAUAAUCUUUUGGCGCUGUAAUGUUUUAGGGUUGUCGAUUAUCAAAAAGUGAAUAGGGGCAUUUGUAGAGCAUUAUGAAAAACUUAUCAUGCUCGACAAUCUGGAGAACAUGUUUUGGCUUUUUGGUGACAUGUAACAGCCCUUGGCUGAUUUCAAGUAUUAACUAACUUGUGCUGCGCUAUUCAUGGCUCAUCAUUUGUA